CCCUUAGAGCCAUGCGACUUGGUCAGUCUCAACAUGCUUCUUUCACGCGCAGAGAUUAGUUUACCUUCUGCUAAUCCACAGCGACAGACGGCUCUAAUGUUAGCAGCAAUGCAUGGACGGCUUGAUUUGGUGCGUACAUUGGUUGAGAAUUACUCGGCAGAUGUUAAUCAUCGUGAUGCUGAGGGCAGCACUCCACUUAUGGGAGCAGCUGAGCAUAAUUUUGUAGGUGUGGUUCGCUUUCUUCUCACUUGUUCGGAGUUGGACACUGAGCUCAAAGAUAAAAUAGCGCUAUUUGUCUCUUCAGUUUUUUUCGUUUGA